AAUCAAUAGCUCAAAGGUUGGCUUAAGUAAAUUUUCUCCAGUUGCCAGGGUUCCUCAGGCCACUGACCUGGUUAGAGAUCAGUGUUGUAGAACACAGCCUCAACGCACGUCUUUAAAAACAGAAAUAAGACCAUCAGAAUGAAGCUUUUAAAAUGUACGUGGAUCCUCUGGACGUUUGCCCUCUGUUCAGCCAACGCAACCAAAGAUAUCUGCAACGCGAAGCCCAAAGACAUGCCUUUGGAGCCAAUGUGUGUCUACCGCAACCCAGACUUCUCCCUAGAACCAACUCGAGAACCUGCGAAGAUCCAGGUUAACGCUAACCCCCGAGUCCUGGAACUAUCCAAAGCCAACAGCGGUUUCGCCCUCACACUUUUCAAGCAGCUCUCUGAGAGAAAGUCCAGCAGUGAAAACAUAUUUCUAUCUCCAUUGAGCAUCUCAACUGCUUUUGCGAUGACAAAGCUAGGAGCUUGCAACCGAACACUGGAGCAGCUCAUGAAAGUGUUUCAGUUUGACUUGAUAAAGGAGAAGACGUCAGAUAAGGUUCAUUUCUUCUUCGCCAAACUGAUCUGUCGCCUUUUUCGGCGAAAGCCUGAGACGAUGGAGUUGAUCUCUGCCAACAGGUUGUUCGGAGACAAAUCUACGAUUUUCAACGAGGCCUACCAGAACAUCAGCGAGAUGGUGUAUGAGGCCAAAAUGAUGCCUCUCAAUUUUAAGGAAAAACCUGAUGAUUCAAGGAUGGUGAUCAACAAAUGGAUUGCCAACAAAACAGAAGACAGAAUAAAGGACACCCUGCCAGAAGGUUCAAUAGAUUCGGACACCAUAUUAAUCUUGGUCAACGCGAUCUACUUCAAAGGUCAAUGGAAGCACAAGUUCAAUAAGGAAGAUGUCAUGAAUCUAGACUUUCACGUUAAUGAAACACACAGAUGUCCGGUACCCAUGAUGUACCAAGAGAGUAAGUUCAAGUAUGCAUCCAUACCCGACGAUAAGGUCAAGAUACUCGAGUUGCCCUAUAACGGUCGUGACAUCACAAUGGUACUGAUUUUACCCAAUGAAGGCACACCUCUGUCAGAAGUGGUGGCAAACAUGAACCUCAAGACACUUGUUGGUUGGCUUAAUAAAAUGAAUGAGACCACAGUGACCGUGCAGAUCCCUCGCUUCCGUAUCGAGGACAGCAUGAGUCUCAAAGAGGAGCUGAUUAAAAUGGGUCUCGAGGAUCUUUUUAGUGCGACCCACGCAAGUCUUCCGGGUAUGGUUGCUGAGGAUGGGCCUAACCUGUACAUAUCUGACGCCUACCACAAAGCCUUCCUUGAGGUAAAUGAAGAAGGCAGCGAGGCCGCCGCCGCCACAGCUGUGGUAUCCUUAGGACGUUCCUUAAACCUCUUCCGGGAGUCAUUCAUAGCCAACAGACCGUUCAUUCUGAUGAUCCGGGAUUCCAGUAUCAACGCAUUGCUCUUCACCGGUCGUGUGGCAAACCCUUGUGGGAGCAGCUAAUUCUGCGAUGAUGGUUGUUGCUCAACUUUGUGGUUCAUUGUAAACUUGACAAACUGCCUUGUUCCUGUAUUAUUGGUUAUAAAUGAACUUUUUAAUUUGUCAUAACUGUUUUGUUCUUGAACAAGCAAGUAACUGAAAAACACAUGUCAAGAGCAUAUUUGGGGUUUGAAAAGAUAAACAAACAAAAUAUGUACAGGCAACAAAUAAGGAUAAAACAGGUUUAUUUUUUCAUAUUAGAAAUUUGGGUUUAGCAGUAUCACACAAUCUGGGCGUACAUUGUAAUACAUUUAAAGAACAGAAUAAAAAUCCUUCACAGUUA